AUGGCUUCGUAUCAUCUGAACUGUGUCAUUUGCAUCCACCUCAUCCACCUGUUCACUCAAUCUCAGCUUGGCAUGAGCAGUUGCAAUUCUGAUCAUCGUCUCAAGCAGCCUUGGAGUGAUGUUGAUCAGAAGAUGCUUCUCGUUCUUUCUGCUCCUGAACUCGGUGUACGCUUGUGA